GUAAUCCAAUGGCGACGCGCGUGGGAUUUGUUAUUGCUGGAGUCCGCUUGUUAAGACGUUAGUUUUGAACUGUCUUGAGGCAUUAAACGCGCUCAUUUGUAGAAAAUUAUUUUCGCACAGCAUCGGUGUCGCGGAUGGAUUGACCUUUAAUUACGCUCAACAACUGCAGUUUUGUUGCGGUGUUCUCCACAGCAGGCGACAUGUUUCACAACAGCUCCCAGAAGAAAUACUGGAUUUUUAAAAGUGAAGAUGAAAUCGAGCAUAUGAGGUGCAAGGCUAAUCAGAAAUUCCGCAACAAGGCCCUAGAAAGUGGGAAGCCCGGGGUGAGUGAGUCCAUGUUUUUGCAGCGUCAUGAGGAAGACGUCCUAUUUCGGCACUAUGAGAGGAGGCUGCUGGAAUUCUGCAAUGCUUUUAAGCCCACAAUGCCAAAGUCUGUGGUGGGUACAGCCCUCAUGUACUUCAGGAGAUUCUACCUGAGCAACUCCGUCAUGGAGUACCACCCCAGAAUUAUCAUGCUGACGUGUACAUACCUGGCCUGCAAAGUAGAUGAAUUCAAUGUGUCCAGCACCCAGUUUGUGGGCAAUCUUGUACAGGAGACCCCAGCAGGCCAAGAAAGGGUUUUGGAGCAGAUCCUGGAGUAUGAGCUACUGCUAAUCCAGCAGCUCAACUUUCAUUUGGUGGUCCACAACCCCUACAGACCCAUGGAAGGUCUGCUCAUCGACCUCAAGACCCGGUACCCUACACUGGAAAGCCCAGAGUCACUGAGGAAGACUGCUGAUGACUUUCUGACACAGGCAGCUAUGACAGAUGCAGGACUACUUUUUUCUCCCUCCCAGAUCGCUCUGACAGCUAUUCUGAACAGCGCCUCGAGAGCCGGUCUUAACAUGGAGAGUUAUCUGACCCAGUGCUUAGGACUGAAAGAGGAGAAGGAGACGCUCUCAAAGAUGUACGACUCCAUGAGACGAAUGAAAACCCUCCUGAAGAAAUAUGAGCCUCCUAAACUAGAGGUGGUGAAUAUUUCCAAACAGAGGCUGGAGAGGAUUCAUGCCGAAUUUGCCAGUUCAAGCAACAAACGAAAGAGAGGAUAUGAAGAAGAUGGCCAUGUAGCAAAAGAACCACGGUUGGUAGAAGAGGAAUGGACUGAUGAAGACCUCAUCUAGACUUGUGGAAUUGAGCAGAGUUUAAAGUUACUAUAUAUACACAUUAAUUCCAGUGUUUUACUGUAAAGGGAUGUGACAUAAAUGCAGGUGUUCAUGUCAUAAUUGCAGUCAGCUGUUUGUUUGCUCUCUCUUCUGCUUUUUUAAUAAAGAGUUUUCUACAUAUUUCUGUCACAUGACACCAUGUGCACACAUUUCUCCUCCUUCAAAUCAGGAGACCAAAAGAAAAACCCACUCCGUAAUCUACUUUACAAAAACAGUUUAAUGAGUGCAUGCAUGUCUGAUACAGUCUGUACUAUCCCAAUUUUUUUUCUUUUUACUGCUGUAAACACUUUUGUUUUACUUGGUUUCUCUGAUUAUGUGUCUUGAAGUUUCAAAAAAAAAAAAAAAAAAAAAAGCCUCAACCAGAUAAUCAAAAAAUAGCUGAUACAAUUAUUGGGAAAAAUGCAGCUCUUCUCAUGUAUAUACUCAUGAUUCCAGCAAGAGAAUUUAUUAAUAUAAAAUAACCAUACUUUUCUGUUUUUGAAAGACUUUGUUCCAAUCUAGAAAAGAAAAACAAAAACAAACGACAGACAUACAGAGAUGCUUGUUUCAGUACUUUGCAGAUAUUGUCACCACCUUCAAAUAAGUCACUAAUUACAAAAAAAGCAUCAUCUCUUGUAAUCCAGUUUCCAGUAAAGGGGUCUGAGGAAAACUAGCAUCUCCUUGUCAGUUUCCUCAUAUUGAGUAGGAGGGGUGGGGGGCACUUUGGCAACCUGUGCUAUUAAAAACACAUACUGGGUACAAAAAGCCCCUCUCAGCAUUUGGCCUCAGUGAUGAAAGGAAAAAAUGUACCCAAAUCACAGUUAAUGGAGGAGGGGAACAAAUAUUUGCAUUGUGCAUACAGCUGUCAGUUACUGGGCCAAGUUCUUUGUUUGUUUUUUUAUUUAUUUUUUAAAGUACGCCGUCGCCUGUUGUACUCAGCUGCUGUUGUUGCAUAGCUCUCUUGUGGUGAACGAGACAAGAUGGCAGGUGGGUGGGAUGGGCGGGACUAUCAGAGGAAGAUAUGAUGGAGAAUGGUGGAUGGGUUGCCAUGGUGAUGAGGGUAGAGCAUGCCAUGUCUCCACCGGGCUGCACUCGGAGACUUGACGCAAGGAUGGGGAGGAUGGGAGGAGAGGAAGAGUGCAG